AAACCAGUCAAUAUUUUACUCAACUUAAGGGAGCAUGUACAAGGACUGUAUAGGAAGUCUUUCACCGGUACCUGAAACUGUAUGUAUGUGUAUUACAUUCAAUUGAAUUUAAAUAUAAAACAUUUAGAAGGUGAUAUUAACUCUCAGAUUUGGUUUCAGCACUAAAACAUGAAAGCUAAAAUAACAAUGAUAAAAAGUAUUUUUCACAAAGAAAUUCGGGCACACUCAUUAUGAAAGACCAAAUCACGUAGAAUCUGGAAAUAUAUCUGUUGAAUAUGAAGUUAAAUGAGCUGCAUUGAGAUUUAAGUAAGUACAGUAUCUCUGUGUGUGGUAUGUGUAAUGGUAUCAACAUCUAGUUUUUAGGUUUCUCUAUGCGUAUUAUUAGAUGUGGGGGUUUUCCUCCCUCCCAAGUUGCAAUAAUCGUGUUUACAACAAUAUUCAUAGAAAUUGAUUUUGCACACUAAAGUAUGCUGUGGGCUUCAUUUGAUUGUAUAUGUCUUUAGCACAAAUUCAUUUUCCGUGUUGGACCGACAAAGACCGAAUUUGUUGACCUCCAGGGCAUGUUGCAAGGCCUAUGUGUUCACUCAAGACUUUUGCCUAAGAGGGUGGUCUGGAGAAAGGGUGGGGGUUGAGUUUUGGUCGUGGACUGACCAGGGUUUUUUGUUUGUUUGCUUGAUUUGUUUUGUUUAAGUCCUUUUGAGCGGAUAUUGUGUCAGUGUGUUAUAUUUCACAUUGUUGUUUUGAAAUUGGUGAACCUGUGACUCGAUAGAACGAAUGGCACAUUAUAAAUUAGAAAAUAAACACAUCGCCAAAAAAUGCAUUUCCGUUCAUUCCUCUGAAUUUCCCUGCUUUUACAAGGGCGAGGGAAAUACAAGGCAAGAGUAGAUAUAUCAUCUGAUCUGUCAGGUAUGAAGAGGAGUGUAUAUGAAACAUCUCUCUAAAGCUGCAGAAAACCCUCUUGUUUUCAAUCAGUUGUAUUGCUUUAUUCGUUUAUUUCUUUCAGCAUGUUGAAACUCUGGCAAAAAAGGCAGAUUUAAGAUUUUCUUCAGAUAUGUAUUUUAACAUCUUACUACAGUAUGUUGUAAUAAAAACUAUGUAUCUCCAAUGCACUUUUUGUUCCCCAAAUAAUUUCCCCCCUUGCUUUUCCCUUUUCUCUUGGUUGGUUCUUCAAACACAAAAUACAGCAUAAAUGUACAUGAGGCAGCUUCCUUCUUAAUCUGUCCUCUCUCUUCCCCGUCAUAAACUGGCAUUAAUUUCUAAGUGUAGUGUGUUUAAGACAAUAUUUAAAAGCCUUUCCUUUCUUUUUUUCAUAUUCAUUCUAAAGUUGUUCCGAGUUCGCAAACAAUACUAAUCAUAACUCGCCUUUUGUUUUAUUUUUGUUAUUAUGUAUUUUAGAGCCUUAAACUUCACGAAUGGACACAGAGCAGAGAAAAUACGUUAGCACAGAAAUUAAAAAAAAAAAAGGCUGCAAAAAAAAAAAAAAAAAGACGAAUCUCGUGCAAGCCUGUUGUCAUGGCUUUAUUAUUUCCCGUAUGUGUCAUGAGUUGCCAAGAAAGGUUUCAUUUGCUCAGAUCCCUCCAGAACAGGAGGUACAGAUCUUAUCCGCACAUGGGCCUUCCAACGAUUUCAACAGACCACAUUAGCUGCACUGUUCUCCUCCUUUGUACAGCAAGAACUCUUUAGACGUCCUUUCCUGAAAAAAUUAAAAUGGUAGCUAUUCUGGCAAUGGAUUUUCUAUGUUCUUUUCAAAGUUCCCCCUAUCCUAGCCUGGGUAACUCACUUGCAAUGCUAUUUAUCGUCAGAGCUAUGGUGUGUCAUAAUCAUUUCAUUUCAGGACAUUUGCAGAUGCGAAUCCUCCCCUACAAAUCACCCAGUCCUCCUGUUGAAGGAUCGCUAUCUAAUGAUCCCAUAGUGUACCCCUAACCCCCUUGAAUCCGUAGCCACAGUCUCUUUAAUCCUCCCUCUUCCAACAACCACACGCGCAUCCUCUCACCGGUGUCUUUUGGCUACAGGAUUCGAAUGCCCUCCGAGCCGUAGGGAAACAGAAGGGAGGGAUUUGUUUAGGAAAGCAAGCCAGAAGGAAACUAUUGGAAGAAGGCAAACGAGGAGCACUGGCUAGCUGAGGGGACUCUGGACAGCUCCUUUCCUCAGGGCAGGUCUACACCUCGUGCGAAACACACUGAGCAAGUUAAACUGGGCAAGCACACACGACGAGGAGCGGGAAUGCAACUCAUUCACUGAAGAGCUUGUAGUUAUGCCUUGGAGACAAGAGUUCCCCCCCCCACCAUGUACCAGAUAACAGCACGUGGGCUUCCACGCCACACACACACACACACACACACACCUCUAUUCUGACACAGCCAUUGCCCUGCUCCACACCUGCUACCCUUACACACGCCCCUCCCCAGAAAGGCGUAGAUAAUCUUGCUCCAGGCUUGUAACCCCCUAUACAGCAAUACAGACACCUUCCUUCUUCACAUCUUUGCACGCGGAGUCUCUCCCCAGACACUCACACAUAACCCUACUUCAUGCCUUCCACCAUGCACAGCUAAAAACCUCCUCCUCCACACCACCAUCCAGUACCACACACUAGAAGUCGUUCUACUCCGCAUCUCCCCCCCCCCACAUCCCUCCAGAACAACCCCCCCAGCUCAAGAUCGUACUACACCACGCCCACAAUAUUAUUUGGAUAGACCUAUACGGACACACGUGCUUCCCAUCAUUGUAUCUUUCAGUUGUCAAUGUAGGGUGUAAACUGUGCGGCACAGAAUUUCAUUGAGUAUCAACCACUGAGCUGCCCUUGUUCUCAGUGGAAUCUGAUACAUCAGCUCAAGCUUCAUCUUUUCUAUCGGUGCGUCUGUGUGUCCCGGCCUGUAAGUCCGUCUCUCUGUGCAUUCGAGUCCGCGAGGAGAGGGGACUGGAGGGGGGUUGAGUUUUGGAUACUAUAGUCCCCCUCCCCUUCGCUGCCCUCCAGCCUAAUGAGCUGCUGAAAAGGAGCAGGCUCCAGCGCGCGUGGCUAGCGGGACUCCCUGAUUGGCCAGCUGCGCCUCGCGACCCCCAUUCAUUAAUAAAUUAGCGGCACGCUCCAACCGAGCGCGAGGCACCAAUCACACCGCAGAGCAGCCGGGGCUGCACCACACACUUUAUGGGGAUCAGAUAAAAGAAAGACAGGGGAGGGAGGCAAGGGGUGCAGGGGGCUUUAAAAGAGAGAGAGAAAAAAGAAUGAGAUGAGUGAUGAUAAAUGAAAUGAAAAGAAAGAAUAAACCCUGGGAGGGGGAGGGGAAAGCUCAAGGGGCCCCGGGGGUAGAUUUGAUUGUUUUCUGGGGGAUAUAUAAGGGGUUUUAAGGAGAGUCGUGUGCCAGACACACAGCCACUGAACCUCAAGCAGCUUCACUUUAACUGGAGUGCCGGGGCGCGUGCCAGCAGCUGGCCCCACCAGGACUCGCUCUCACACACCCCACCAACAAAACACAGGCAGAGGCAGCAGGCAACCGGCCCUUCUUCAACUCCUCUUUGGCAAAGGCAGCUGGACCCCCACCCCCUAUAACAGUGGGACCCUCUCCAGGAGAAGGGAGGGGGGGACACACGCAAAUCUGUCCCUGAAGAUUGCGGUGAGGGCCAGUGCAGGGAGAGAGCACUCCGCAAAGAGACAAAACAUUGUAAAGGGGAGCCAAGUAAGUCACUGAGUCUCUACUUCAAACUUUGCGCAAAAAAAACCCUCAGUUGCUGAGAGCAAAAUAUCUUGUGCUAAGUCCGGCCGCUUCCCUCUCCCUGCGUUCGGCCUGCCCCGCUCCAGCUGUUUUAAAGGGGAGAGAUGUCAGGUUCUCAGCAGAGAGCGCCGGGGGUGGGAAUGCAUCCCUGCGUUCCUAUGGCAGCGCUGGCUGCGCGGAGUUGACUUGCCGGGCUAGAGCUAGAGCGGGCGAGGAGGAGAAGUGCCGUAGAGACCGCGGGGACAACGUGUGCGCGGGGGGCAGAUCGCCGCGUGUGUCAAUAGGCGCAUGACAGCUACACGGCCAAGGGUGGGCAGGGAGCAGGGGGGCGCCCCAGUCCUGGGGCGGGCGGGCUGCAGCCCUGUGAGGCCGGGGAGAUGCGGGGACAUGGCGUGAUGAUGGGGCUUCUCCCGCUCUCGUUGCAGGAUGUUCGUGAAGCCGGAGAGCCUGGAGCUGAAGGCGGAGGGAGAGCUGCUGCUGCUGGGCCCGGCCUCGCCCUGCUCCGCCUCGCUCACCCCGCUCUCCUCCAGCGCGGAGGAAGAGGAGGACGAUGAACUCCAGGCGCCCUCGCCGGCCCGCCCGGCGGAGGAGCAGCAGGCGCGGCUGCAGCUGAGUCUGAGGCGGCACGAGUGCAAGCGGCGCUCCGGCCGGGCCCGGGCCGGCUCCCGGGGGACCAAGACAGCCGAAACGGUGCAGAGGAUCAAGAAGAGCCGGCGGCUGAAGGCCAACAACCGGGAGCGGAACCGCAUGCACAACCUGAACGCGGCGCUGGACGCGCUGCGCGAGGUGCUGCCCACCUUCCCCGAGGACGCCAAGCUCACCAAGAUCGAGACGCUGCGCUUUGCGCACAACUACAUCUGGGCGCUGACCGAGACCCUGCGCCUGGCCGAUCACUGCGGCGCUGCCGGCCUGCCGGGAGCCCUCUUCCCCGAGGCAGUGCUGCUGAGCCCCGGCGGCGCGCCCGCCAGCACUGACAGCAGCCCCUCGCCAGCCUCCUCCUGGAGCUGCACCAACAGCCCCCUGUCCUCCGCCUCCUCCUCCUACAGCUGCACUUUAUCUCCCGCCAGCCCGGGCAGCUCCGCCUCAGACAUGGACUACUGGCACCCAGACAAGCACCGCUACGCGCCGCCUCGCCCGCUGGCCAGGGACUUUAUCUAACAGCCCAUCUCGCCCCGGCGGUGCAGCCAGCCCGGGCCCUGCUGGCGGGGUGGCAGCUCGCGUAGUGCUGGUGCAAUAAGCCGCGCGGGGGCUGGAGAGCUGGCGUAGAUCCCAGGCAAGAGAUUGGGGAAGGUCACAGUGGAUCUGACCCAAGCUGGGCUUAGGAACAGCCCCCGCCCCGCAGGGGAACCUCUGGCAGAGACACACGAGGAGGCCGAGCGCAGGGAAAGGGCUACGAACAAGUCGGACGCGCUAAGGGACUGCGGGGCCUGUGAAUCUGCCAAGGAAGCGACACUGCGUGAUGUGCUCUCGUCACCUUUGAUUCUUCACUGACAUGUUAAUGUAUGACGGAAAAGUACUUGCGCAGCUGAACUAUAGGGCCGGUAACAAUAUUAGCCACAGAUUUGCAAUGCCUGGCAUCUGCUUUCUUCCCAGUGCUGCCUCAAGGCUGUGGGAAUUUCACCUGUCAAACCAAACUUUUCCUCUCUGAUGUGCACUUUGUUCAGUUUCCCAGCUUUGUCACAAUGCGUUUUUGUCCCGUCCUUCUCGUUCCUGCUCCCUCCCCCUAUUUUGCCAUCUGUCUCUUAUGAUUUAUAAGGGGGAAAAAGUUGUUUUGUUCCAGGCCCAGGUUAGAAGUCAUUGUAUAAUUUGUAGGCUUUGUAAUGAUUGAAUGCAAGCGUGGAAAUUUAGGCUGAACUCUCUAUCAAAAGAAAAAAAAAUGUAGAGGAAAAGGGGGGGGGGAAUCAGGAGGGAGGAUUACCUCAUGCAUUAUUUAUCUCGACCCUUUAGGGGACGAGGCACUCCCCCAUUCUUUCAAGAGAUUAAAAAUAAAUCAACAAACUGAAAACCUAAACAGACACGGAGCAUUACAGCGAUCAGCCACACACGUGUUCACAUCUAUUUAUUAUAAAAGAAAGAUUUCAUGGAAGAUAUGUAUUUUUUGUAUAUUUCACAGAGUUUAUUCUAGUAUGUAUUUACAGCUGAAGAGCAAAGGGAGUG